AUGGGCCUGAAGAGGUUGAAGUUGGAAAUUGCGAUACUUCAAGUUGUCUUUAAUGGCCAUGCAUUCAGCCGCUACCACCAUGAAGUGUUCGUGGGGAUUGGUGCAAAGGAUGGAAAUUCAUCUUCUCUCUCUCUCACUAGUUAUCCUGAAUUUGGCUUCUCUGUACUUAGAAAGCUGGACAAUAUUGUGAAAGGAAAUCUCAAACCUUUUGCUAUCUGCUGUCUGAAAAAUAUUGCUUCCAAGGAUGAGGGACAACACCUUUUUGUAACCAAAUGGACAUUGCAGGAGGGUGGACAUCAAUGCAUGAAGGAGCUAGUGGCAAAGUAUAAAGGGGAGGUGGUUAUGGGCCCAGAAGCACAAAAACCAGACAGACCACCUGGUCCUCUUGGCAGUACACCACCACCUAGUCGUCCUGCUGGCAGCGCACCACCACCCGGUCCUCCUGGAAGCGCACCACCCCCUAGUCCUGCUGUCAUCGGACCAGCAACGGAUCCCCCUGGCAGUGCACCACCACCUGGUCCUCCUGGAAGUGCACCACCACCUGGUCCUCCUGGAAGUGCACCACCACCUAGUCCUGUUGGCAGCACACCACCACCCAGUCCUCCUGGAACCACACCGCCACUUAGUCCUGCUGUCAGCGGACCAUCAACUGAUCCCCAUGGCAGCGCACCACCAACUGAUCCUCCUGGGAGCGCUGCACCACCACCUGGUAGUCCCGGUUCACCACCACUUGGUCUUCCUCCAAGACCACCUCGUCGUACUAGUGCAGCAACACCCGGUAAUCUUAUGCCUAGACCACAUGGUCGUCCACUUGGUUUUCCACAUAGACGUGGUGGUUCUGGUCCCUCACGACUUGGUCUUCCGCUUAGACCACCCCGUAAUCCUGGUGGUCCUGGGGCACCACCACCAGAUCUUCCGCCGCUACCUCCAGCUAUUCAUCUUCCCCCUCCGCCUAGAUCUCCACCUUAUCCUAUUAUUUGUAUGACUACACCUCUACCAACACUAUACAUUGGGGAAAAGCCACCACCAUAUUAUCCACCAAAAUCAACUGCACCAAACAGUGGCGGAGCAUCAAGCUCAGGGACAAAAGGAGAGAGUCAAGGAGCAUUAAGCUCAGAGACAACGGGAGGGAGUGAAGGAACAUCAAGCUCUGUCACACAGAGUUCAUCAAGCGAGGGAGAUAAAGGCUGCUUUCCCAUUCCUAAGGAGCCGGGCUGCUGCAUACUCUAG